AUGCUGAUCUGCAACAAUCGCGCACCUUAUCUGAACGGUGUGAUCGAACUGCUAGCCCCUCCCGAUUGGCACAAACAACAAUCCAACGGUUAGUUUUGCUACGGAUACAGACGUGAAAUGGUCAAAUUUAAGUCGCUCUUCUUCGCUACUACGGUCGUUGUCGGUUUGUUCAGCCCGGUUGCAACCAGGUCGGAACGCCACGGCGAUGACCCUUUCAACGAUGGCUUCCUGACUCAGGUGCGGAUGCACGCCAAAACCUGGACCCCGGAUGGCAGCUUCCGUAAUGGGAUACAGUUCGAGAAUUUUCGCAACAUGAAGGGAAUCUACGAGAGCAAGAUCGGGUUCCAUUUGCCAACGAAGGUACACCACGUGGCUUAUGACGUGGAAAUUCCGGAGUAUUUUGAUGCUCGAGAGAAGUGGCCGUUUUGCAAGUCGAUUUCCACGAUCAAGAAUCAGGGACUGUGCGGGGCGUGCUGGGCGGUGGCAGCCGUGAGUGUGAUGUCCGAUCGAAUGUGCAUCCACUCGGAGGGGAAGUUCGAUCUGGAACUGGCGGCCGAGGAUCUGAUGGGAUGUUGUAAGGAUUGUGGCAACGGGUGUAACGGUGGAUUUUUGGACGGAACUGCGUUCCAGUACUGGGUGGACGUGGGACUGGUGAGCGGUGCGGCGUACAACAGUACGGAAGGGUGCAAGCCAUAUCCGUUCAAGCCGUGUCUGUAUCCGUUCGAAGGGUGUCACCCGGAGAAGACUCCUGCCUGUUCACAUCACUGUACCGCAGGGUACGACGGCACGUAUCGUAAGGAUAAGUACUACGGAACAGCGGCGUACAAACUUCCGAACGACGAACGGAUGAUCCAGCUGGAGAUUAUGACGAACGGACCGGUCGAGUCCGGGUUCAGCGUCUAUCAGGAUCUGUACCUGUACCGGAGCGGUGUGUAUCGGCACGUGGUUGGACGGGAGGUGGGCAAACACGCCGUGCGGCUCAUCGGAUGGGGCAAGGAACGUGGCGUACCGUACUGGUUGAUUGCCAAUUCGUACGGGGCGGAUUGGGGCGAACGCGGAUACUUCAAGAUGCUUCGUGGAUCCAACCAUCUGGGAAUCGAAUCGGUGGUCAUCGCCGGACUGCCCAAGGUUUGAGGAACGGGGAUCAUCAUUUCGGCAUUGAUUGAAUAGGAGCGAGCGUUCGUAAAAAAUCUAAUAUCGGCCUUUUGUUUUAUUUUCUUUGCUUUCUCUUUUUUUCCGACGGCGACGUCCGAUGACGUCUCUCCCUCUCUGCCUUCAAAUGGUUUCCUGCUUUGUUUUCACUGAACGCACGAUUUUGCAACAGUAA